UUUACACUGGAGGUUGACAGGGAGUCUGCGCCCAGGUACAGCAGUGCAUCAGAGAGGAGGAGAGAGAGACACCGAGCGGAGGGAGUGAUAUUUAUAGCCUACAGCGAGGCUGCAGCACAGAGAUAAGGCUUGGGACCAAGCCGCAGGCAGACAGGCAGACGGGGCUUAGGGAAAAGAGGACACGUCAAAAUGAAACGGUUCCUCCCGGUAGUUUUAUUAGGGGCCGCAGUGGUCGCCCUGGUCGGCGCAGCCGGUACCGACGGCGAGAUCUCCUUCGAGUACCACCGCUAUGAGGAGCUGCGGAAAGCGCUGGUGUCGGUGUGGCUGCAGUGCCCGACCAUCACCCGCAUCUACACCAUCGGGGAGAGCUUCGAGGGCCGCGAGCUGCUGGUGCUGGAGAUGUCCGACAACCCCGGGACGCACGAGCCUGGGGAGCCAGAGUUUAAGUACAUCGCCAACAUGCACGGCAACGAGGCGGUUGGCAGAGAGCUGCUCAUCUACCUGGCUCAGUACCUGUGCAACCAGUACCAGCAGGGCAACGAGACCAUCAUCGACCUCAUCCACAACACCCGCAUCCACCUCAUGCCCUCCAUGAACCCAGACGGCUUCGAGAAGGCCGCGUCACAGCCCGGAGAGAUCAAGGACUGGUUCGUCGGCCGCAGUAACGCGCAGGGUGUGGAUCUGAACCGUAACUUCCCCGAUCUAGACCGCAUCAUUUACAUCAAUGAGAGGGAGGGUGGAGCCAACAACCACUUGCUGCAGAACAUGAAGAAGGCCGUGGAUGAAAACACCAAGCUGGCUCCAGAGACCAAGGCAGUGAUUCACUGGAUCAUUGAUAUCCCUUUUGUCCUCUCAGCUAACCUGCAUGGAGGAGACGUGGUGGCCAACUACCCAUAUGAUGAGACCCGCACUGGAUCCACUCACGAGUACAGCGCCAGUCCAGAUGAUGUGAUGUUCAAGUCUCUGGCCAGGGCCUACUCCAUUUACAACCCAGUGAUGUCCGACCCUCACCGACCCCCAUGCCGUAAGAACGAUGACGACUCCAGCUUCAAAGAUGGCAUCACUAACGGAGGGGCCUGGUACAGCGUGCCAGGAGGAAUGCAGGAUUUCAACUACCUCAGCAGCAACUCCUUUGAGAUCACCCUGGAGCUCAGCUGUGAUAAGUUCCCCAAUGAGGACACACUCAAGACCUACUGGGAGCAGAACCGCAACUCACUCGUCAACUACAUUGAGCAGGUUCACCGUGGCGUCAAGGGCUUCGUGCGUGACCUCCAGGGCAACCCCAUUUCCAAUGCCACCAUCUCUGUGGAGGGUAUUGACCAUGACAUCACCACAGCCAAAGAUGGAGACUAUUGGCGCCUGCUGGCUCCAGGAAACUACAAAGUGGCAGCCUCUGCUCCAGGAUACCUGACUGUCAUCAAAAAGGUGGCUGUUCCCUACAGCCCUGCAACCAGGGUGGACUUUGAGCUGGAGUCUCUGAUGGAGAGGAAGGAGGAGGAGCGGGAGGAGCUGAUGGACUGGUGGAAGAUGAUGUCAGAGACACUGAACUUCUAAAGUGUUUGUCUGCUUAGGGAUUGGACCGUUCGCACAUCGAUGUAAUAUAUUCGACAUUCUGUGUGCCCGUCCACUCUAAAAAAAGAAUAUAUUGUCUCUUAUUUCUUUUGUUCUCUUUCAAUCAUUAUUUUAAUUGAUUAUAUUGUUUAUUAAUGUGACGGUUUGCCUCAUACUUCUGUAGAUUGUUUAAAUAUCCUGCACACACACUGACGGACGCAGGGGGAAUUUGCAGGUAGCUUGAUGGCAGUGAGAUCGGUGUUGAUUUCUGUGGUGUUGUGUUCUUUAUCGUACACGUGAUUGAUGACCAUAGCACCCAUCUAUAUAAGCAAUGAGUGACUGAGUAAUUAUGUACAUAAAAGAGCUGUUUACAUCAUUACUACAUGGCUCUGUUCAUAGGAAUUCGUCAUUUUUCCUGUUUUAAAUGUCUCUGUUUCUCCAGGCUUGAGCGCGAAUACACAAACACACAACCCUGGUGCACACAAAACGACACACCCGUUCGCUUCCCAGUAACUGUAAACACACACGCUGACAAAUACUCUUUCUCUGUUUCUCUCCUGUAAUAUAAAAAUACAACUAUGGUUUUGAGAUAAUCAGGGACAUUAAAAACACUGUAAAAUCACUGUAAACAUUAUAUUGUAAACAAUCUAUACAGGCAAGCUCGUUUCCCUGUAUGUUAUUGAUGUUGAGAUUUUUUUUUUUUAA